UCAAGCUGUUGUCAUUGUUACUGCGAAGUUAAACAGGCAGACAUUAGAAAAGCAUUCAACAUGAAAAUUGGAUUUUCCGUUGUCCUGGUCGUGUUUACUUUGAAUAUACAUUUCGUGGACGGAUGGUUACACAGUUCGAACAGCGUAUGUGGUUACCAACGGUACGAUCCAAACUUCCGUAGCUGUUGCGGAGGAGUGAUAACGUCAAAAGGUUCAUGUUGUGGAACAAGGUCCUACGAUUAUCGUUUCCGAAGCUGUUGCGGAGGAAAUAUAACGUCAAAAGGUUCAUGUUGUGGAACAAGGUCCUACGAUUAUCGUUUCCGAAGCUGUUGCGGAGGAAAUAUAACUUCAAAAGGUUCAUGUUGUGGAACAAGGUCCUACGAUUAUCGUUUCCGAAGUUGUUGCGGAGGAAAGAUAACUUCCAAAGGUUCAUGUUGUGGAACAAGGUCCUACGAUUAUCGUUUCCGAAGCUGUUGCGGAGGAAUGAUAACUUCAAAAGGUUCAUGUUGUGGAACGAGGUCCUACAAUUACCGUUUCCACAGCUGCUGCGGAGAUGUGAUAACUUCAAAAGGUUCAUGCUGUGGAACAAAGUCCUACGAUUAUCGUUUCCGAAGCUGUUGCGGAGGAAUGAUAACAUCAAAGGGUUCCUGUUGUGGCACAGUUUCUUAUGAUCGACGUUUUCGAAUGUGUUGUAACGGUCGCAUUUGUUAAAUGAAAUAAAAUAUGGUCAUUAAAA